AUUAGGCUAGUGAUGAAUUUUUAGAUUUCUGACUCAUUCUGUGUAUCCAUCCGUUCACGUUCACGUGUAAUUUAGCGGAUAAACUACGCGAAUCUAUGAUCUUCACAAUACGAAAAAUACAUGCAUCUUAAUACACACAAUAGAACUUGUUAAACUGAUUGUAUGAAUUCUGGGAUGAUUACUUACUUAAAACGACGCUUCUCAUCUGGGGACCUGCAAGGUGAAUUAGCUGACAAGCGUAUGCAAGAGGGCCUACCUAGUUUCCUACGAUUUGGAUCAACCACACAGUCUGGACAAUCAUAUCAACAGUAUCAACAGCAAAGCUCUAAUAUUCAAACUACAGGGCAGGGUUAUUCAAACCAACCCCAAGAUUUUAGUUCUACAGGUCCUGCAAACUACGAUAUGAGAUACGGAUCUACAGCCCCUACCAUGGCCGAACAAUUCUCUAGUUCUCAGACAGCCACAACUACAACUAAUCACACUCCUGGAUCUGUAGGUCGAGGACGUGGUGCUUAUCCAAGUGCACCAACAUCACCAACGAGAGGUAUGGGACUUGGUGCCUCACUAAUGGGUCCAAUGGGAAGUUUAACUGGUCAGAUAUCCAAUACCCUCAUGCGUAGUUUCAAUACUGCUGCCUCCACUGCUCAGAAUAUAUCCGGAAAAAUGUCUUCAAAAGAUCACCAGAAAAUACUUCUAGUCAUAGAUGACACGCAAACUGAUUGGUGUAAAUAUUUCAGAGGCAAGAAGCUGAUGGGAGAUUGGGAAAUAAAAGUAGAACAAGCUCAAUUCUCAGAAAUUUCAAUGACAGCCUAUAGCGAACAAGGUUGCGUCGUUAGCAUCUAUUCCGAUCAAAUACGUUCAAAACCUCUAAAAUCAUUUAAACCUGAUUUUGUCCUGAUACGACAACAUCCAAGUGAUUUGAAGGAGAAUUGGCAACCUAUACUCACUGGACUAAUGUAUGGAGGUACACCAUGUAUGAAUACUCUGCACGCAAUAUAUAAUAUGAAAAAUCGCCCAUGGCUUUUCGCUCAUUUAUUAAUGAUCCGAAAUCGAUUGGGCAAAGAAAAUUUUCCACUUAUUUCACAAACCUAUCAUACAAGUCAUAAAGAAAUGGUUGUAUCACCAGCGUUUCCAGUUAUUGUGAAAGUCGGAGUAGGUCAUCGUGGCGAAGGCAAGGUGAAAGCUGACACACCAUUUAUCUAUCAAGAUUUGGUUGGUCUUAUGAUUUCUGGUCAAACAUAUGCCACAACAGAACCAUUCAUUGAUGCCAAUUGUGAUCUCCAUGUACAAAAAAUCGGUACGAAUUAUAAAGCGUUCAUGCGUAAGGCUAUAUCCGGUAAUUGGAAAUCGAAUACUGGAUCAGCAUUAUUGGAAAAAGUCCCUAUGAAUGACAAAUUUAAACUAUGGAUUGAUGAAGUGUCGCGUUUAUUUGGAGGUUUGGAUAUCUGUUCUAUUGAUGCGUUACAAUCAAGAAGCGGUGAAUAUUUUAUUUAUGAGGCUAAUGGUUCAGACAUGACCCUCUAUGGAGAUAGCCAAGAAACUGAUAGAACAGAAAUUGCUGAACUAGUGAUGCAACGUAUGCAGUCUAUAACAUAUUCUUCAUCUAUUCCUAAGGUUCCAAGUCUACAAACAAUCGGUAGAACAAGCGAAACAGAAAGACCAGUAGGUAUUGGUAUAGGAAGUGCAACACCUGCUGCUCAGCCUAGUAUUGCACCUAGUGCAGUACACCCUACGUAUAAUCCACCAUUUCAGCAACUUCCAUCACAACCUUACUCACAAGUACAUCAAUCGCAACCAGUAAAUGUUCAACAAAGUCUCCAGCCCCAAGUAACACAAAAAUAUCCACCGUCAACAGGGAUGACGUCAAAUACUAAUUCACUUAUAGGUGAACCAAUAGGAUCAGUAAGUCCUGCACUGAGUAAGCAUUCUGAUCCCGGUUUCACCACAAGUUUUGGUUCACCUACUAGUUCACUAUCUUCGAGGGCUGAUACACCACACCAAACUUCUUUUAGUACACCAGCGACAACUGCAGCGAGUCGAGGGCACAGUACAGCUUCAGAAAAUUCUGACAUUGGGUACCGUUCAAAUAUCGGGGGACUGUCCAGUAUGCAAAACACAACGCACACUAAUUAUUCUUCACAUACAUGGGACCAAAGUUCUUCAUCUGGCUUAUUUAGUCCUUCCAAAAUACCACCAAUGGAUUCAACUACCAAACCAAAUCUAAUGAAUCAACAACCGUCGACAGGAUUUGAUGCUUCUGAUCAUACUACUGGAACCAAGAUGAUGAGUUCUCCUCAACAGUCUUUCGGAUCUUCUUUCAGCUCUAAUGUACCAUAUAGUACUGAAAAACUUGGUAAUGAUGUAAGCAGAAAACCAACAGGUCAAACAACUAGUGGACUUGAUCGUCCAAAUGUCCCACCAAGACAAACUUCAUUACGUACCGGACCAAGCACUGAAGAUACAGAUGAUACUAUGAAAAACCUACGCAAAACAUUUGCUGGAAUUUUUGGUGAUUUAUAAAAGAAUUUGCCAGUAGAAUUGUCUUAUUUAUAACUAACGUAUUAUUACUCAUUAUAAAUGUUGUAUCUUUAAAUCAAUUGUUUCCAAACUACAAAGAAUAAUGUAAUUGCUGCUUGACCAGUUUCUCUUUUUUUAUUUUUAUUUUCUCUUCUUUACUGCAAAUAUUUGUUUGGUGAAAUUUCCAAUAUAAAAUAACUAAAUAUUUAUGUUAUUGCAUACUUCUUUAACAUAGUAAAUCUAUCUUAGUUUCAUCUAAUUAAUAAAAUCAAACAAAAAACCAACAUACUUCUAAUCAUCAUUACCUAUCCAAUUACUACUAAUAUUUUGUUGUUCAAGAGUUUUUGUUCAUAUACAAAUUCUCUAAAUCCAUACAAUAACAAAUUGAAACUCAAGUUAAUUAAUCUAAAAAAAACAGAAUUAUUUAUCACUACUAUUUGUUUAAUUAUUUACUACUUAUAAUUUACUUAUAAAAUAAAUUCAAAUGUGAAAAUAUUAAUCUAUCCAAUUGAUAUUUCAAAGUGCUCAUGUCAGUUGUUUAUUGAUCUUUCAAGUAUUCACUUAUUUCUGUGAUGUUUUCUUAUUCUGCCUUUCUCUCUCUCCAUCUCCCUCUAUUCCUCCAUUGCUAUACUUAUUACUUGAAGAUAUUAAGAAAUUUUUAUCAUCUCGAGAAGUAAUUCGACUAGUGAAUCUUAUUUAAAGAUGGAAGCCAAUCCAAGCAUAAGGAAUGACAAGAACAAUAAAGGUAGGAGAUUAAUAGGCUUUUGUUUUAUUUUUUAAGUCUAUUGCUUGCUGUUUAUCUAGUUAAUCUAUUACUAACCUACGAAAUGAUUAACAAAUCAUGUAUAAAGUGAUACCGUUUCAGUGGAUGACCAAUUGAUUGAUUGUCAGUUUGAUUUGUUUUUCCGACAAUGUGAACUGGUGUUACUAAAAUCGCACACAAGCGAAAGACCUAUUACUUGGUGUUGAAUACACCGUAAGCUCCCAAUCAUAAAUCGAUCUCCUCAAUCACCAAGGCUAGGCAACUUGAAAUUUACUUAAAAAUUGAAUUUCAGAUUCUACUCAAACUUAUGAGCAACAUUCAUUUCACGUACAGUACACAAACAAUAAAGGAAUCUAGUAAAUUCUAGUUAGUAUAAACCCCUGAAAUUUUUGCUUUUAAACCUGUCAUUUCUAAUAAAGAUCAAUUUUGUAAGUGAAUAGUGAAAUAAGUCAACAUUUAAGAAGUAAUAAAUUACUAAAUCACUUCAGAAAAGUCUCAAAUUAGAAUAAAAUAUUUGUCCAGU